CUCCGGCCGACCGUGGUCUACGGCUGCGUGCAGAGGAUUUUACGCGUGCGCGGUGCGGCCAGGGGGGCGAGUGAGCUGAGCAGCUAAAAUGGAAGAUGAGGAAAUCGCUGAUAAUUGGGAGGAAGCAGCCGAUAGUGGGGAAAUCGAUCGACGACUAGAAGCAAAACUAAAGAUCCAGCAGAAAGAAAAGAAAUCGAAACAGGCACCUAAAGUUCCCAUCGUCAUACAAGAUGACUUCCACCCAACGCCCUGCACCCGACAAAUCCGCAUUCUGAAGAGACCGACGAGUAACGGGGUGGUAAACACGCCACACUCUGCUACAAGGCCAAUGCCACAAGUCAAAUCACUGGCUCAGAGAGAAGCUGAAUAUGCAGAGGCACGGAAAAGGAUCCUUGGGAGUGCGAGUCCUGAAGAGGAGGAUAAAGCCAACGCUGACAGGCCAACUAGGAUCACCCAGUUGGAAGAGAACAGGCAGCAGAGCAGUAUAAUUCGACAACCCCUGGGCCCCGAUGGUACACAAGGCUUCAAACAACGUAGAUAAAACAUGCGCUAGAGAGCGCGCUUUAUAAAAGAGGACUCUCCAUGACUGAGCGUGCAGUGUUGGACAGAGAAAACGGACUCCAGCAGAGGACCUGAUCUGCUUUAUUUGCACUGUGAUCCCCCUUUGCUCCGCCCACUGUGACCUUUCUCCUUGCACACUGUGAUCCCUGCUCCGCCCACUGUGGAUGGCACACUGCUGUGAGCUCUCCAAGGAAACCAUGAAGGGGAGGUUUCUUGCAAUCAGACUGGCCAAGAAUAUAUUGUGUGCCAUUUCUAAUCAGAAAUUUGCUCCAGCAAUAAUACUGUUUAAGAAUGUUCAAUAGUUUAUCUUUUAAUUUCAGGAAAGAAUUUGACUAUGUAUUAGUGAUGGGUGCUGUUUCUCUCAUCAUAUUCUAUACAGGAUUGUUUUGGUUUCUUUGCAUCUAAUCUAUUACCGCAGGAUAGUUGCUCAUGGCUAAUUACCUUGCCAAGCAAUAUGUCAAAAAAAUCCAUCAGAAAUGCACCCAUUUUAAAAUUAUUUAUUUUGUGUAGUAUUUAAAAUAUCUUCAAAACAUUUAUCUAGAGAAACAGGACAAGAACAUAAAGAUCCACGGAAGGAUUGUGGACAACAGGUUCGGGCUGUUUGGCACAGCAAACCAAGAUGCACUAUGGAACACAUCUGCUGUGUUGGUGGCUUGGUGCACAGCCAAUUCCUGUCAGAUUCUUGUCGUCCCUUCGAUGGUAGGAGAGUAUGUCUGUUGAUUCACAGAAAACUGGUCGCAGAGGGGGGGAGUGAUGAAGAGAACAGCUCUAAUAAUGGCCAUGAAUGUUAUUAUCUCACACCUGAAAGUGGUUAACUACAGCAUCUGAAUUCCAGGAUUUAGAUUGAAUCAAAAAUUCGUGAUGGUGAGAUUAAAAUAUGGCCCAUUAGGGUAGCACUUAAGGUGUUAACUGCGUAACGUUGUAGUCAUGUGAUCUUAUUCCAGCACUGCCUUCUGCUCAUUCACCAGCCAUGCUUUGUGCGUGUUGGUUUUUGAUAUAACCUGCGGGAUAGGUAUAACUUGCAGUAGUAGAAUUUUUUUUCGAAGAGGAUGUUUUGGCAAAGGCCAUGCUUUUAGUUAAUACUGCUCCCGUUAUGGUUCAGUGCAGAGCAGUAAUGUUGUCAGAAACUGGGCAGGUUUUCAGAGGUGUUCUUAUCUGACUGUCUUCUCAGUUUUAUGAAGAAAGAAGGACAGAAAUAAAAGAAAAUUUUAAAGGGAAACAAAAUAGUUUCAAUCAAAUUAAAUGUUCCUUGGGAAAGUUGGAAGGCUUUGAGGCCAAUUAGUGGAACCUGAGGUUUUGGUAUUUCUCCUUUCUAGUGGUUGUGUGCAUUCUGUACCCUGCUCUGACAAGGUGUUGCAGUUAUGGUCCAUCACUAGUACAUACUCUUAAUGUGUUUUUUUUUCAAGGCAUUGCCUUUAUUUUCUACAAUUUGAAGAAAACUUUUUAGAUCCAUCUAAUAUUAAAAGGGCACGUGAUUUUUGUGUUUUUUUGUUGAGGCUCGCAUGCGAGCUGAUGCAGCCAUCUGUCCUGUUUGCGCAUGUGCGCACAUGUAUGUAUUUGUGUGUGUACAUUUUGUGUAUGUCUGCCUGCGAACAAAAAAAACUGCUUUUUGUGGGGGAUGGGGGUGAGAGUAAUUAAUUUUCGUAUAUUUCAACCAGUGCUUGGAAAGAGUUAGCUGUCUCACUCCUGAACAGCUGGAAGCACAGCAGCCUUGUAUUUAACAGCCAUCAGAUUAUUGGACUGAGGCACCUAGCUCGGCGCAAUUGAUUUGGAGUGAGGUCAAAAUAGCCUUCAAAUGCUACUCACAUUUGUGGUUUUAAAAACUGCAAGAUGUCCGGCCCUAGAAUUAUUUUAUAAUGGGUGAUAUUGUGUUAAAUCUGGUCAUUUGUUAAAUAUCAAGCUAAUGUACUUUUUCUGUGUAACUUCUUCCCAGGGUUUGGUUUGUAAAUUGGUGAUGUUUCCAUGCAAACUGGGAUAUCACUUGACUGACUAAUUCUAAUCUCUGGUGUUCAUGAAACUGGCUUGACUGAAAUGAUUGCCUGAGACUCUACUUUUGUAAAUGAUGAAGUAGCAGACUCCCCACUGAUUCUGUAGAUUAAUGCACUGUGUGAUGUGGUAUACAAACCAAAAUGGUCAUAGUUUUAAUCGAAUUUUGGCUCCACAAUGGCCUGAAGAGGCAGGGAACAUUUAAUAAGUGUUCUUCCCGUUGGAUUUUCAGUGAUUGUUAAAAAUGCACCACGGUUGAGUUGUAAUCCUGCUGCUUUUUCUUUCCUGCCAUCUUCUAGUCAGGUAACCAUUGUUCAGUGUAUAUCACUUAGUCAAAGUAAUGCUUAUGUAACUAUUUCUAGGAUGACUAAAUGCAUUCAAAACAAACUGCUUAGGGUAAGUACUGCACUGGGGAUUUUCAUUCCUAUGAAGCAGUGCAAAUAUGUUUUUUAAGCAUAAAAAUUUAUUUUUUUUUGAUCAGUCAACCAACUAAUUUUUAUAAUUCUAACCAGGAAAUAUAAUCAGGUGACAAGUGUUUUUAAAAUCAAGCUCUGGUUUUGUUUCUUGCAGUUAUUGUUGUCAGAGCUCAUGUGUUUGAUGGUAAACCAAAAAAAAUGUACAGUGAAGCGCAUGUAUCCGAGGUUACAUAAGAAAGCUGUCACUGGUGUGCAGUGCAGUGUAUGACAUAAUGAUACUUGUGGGAUCUAUUGUCUUUGAGGGUCAUUAUUGAGGAGAAGUUUGUUUGCAAACACUAGUAUUAUACAGGCAAAAUAAAGAUAGUGAAAUCUGGUUGUGAAAGGACUCUGGAGGAUGCCAUGUUCAGUUUGUUUGGGUUAGAAGAAUCAAAAACGGACUCGAAGAACAUUGCACACUGCAUACACCAGCAUAAUGUGACAACAGAUUGAAUCUGCAGUAAUAAACAAAAUCAGGAUCCAACUGCAGGACUGCUGACGUAUGGUAAAAGGUCAUCUCUAGGUCAGGGAUAGAUCUGGGCUGAUUGUAAUACAGAUUAAAAUGUUGGAAUAAGUUAAUAGAUUGGUGUUAUAACCAUAAAGCAAUGUUAACUAAAUCUACAAGGUAUUUUGAUAAAGUAUGGAGAAAGUCCUAAGCGAACCUUUUUGAUGUCUAUAUAAAUGUUGCCCUGUCUUGUAAAAAUUGUUUGUGCUUCUGAUCCAGAGAUUCUAAAGUAGCAUUCUAUCUCCUUUAGCUUAAAAGCUAGCCCUCCCCUUCACUGCCAGGUUAUGUUACUGGAAUCAAGCUCCUGUUCUGUUUGGAACUGUUGGCAUAAAACUUCUUACAGGGCCUUCCAGAUGUUUCAGUAGGAACACCUCACUGGAAAGGCUAUCUUGUUGAAGAUUGGUGAACUGAACAAUAGACAGUGAUGCUAACAAUGUUCCCAAAUGACCAAUGAAAUACCUGAGGGAGAUAAGUAGGGUAUUAAUCAAGUGCUGAGAGUCAAUACUUGUGUAGUGAACCGUGUUGUUAAGGUGGUAUGUGGAGGGAGAAGUUCAAUUUUAAGUUAAACUAUAGCCUCUGUUUAUUAAGUUCUCACAUCACAACUCUUACACAUUAGACUAAUGCACUAAUAAUGUGAGAGAUCAGCUGCUGGUUGUCAAACAGAGGUGUGGGUCUGUGUAUGUGGAUGGCAGUGUUGGGUGGAACCACAUUUCAACUUUUUAGAACUUUUUUAAAUCAGGGCUGCUUUGCUAAAUUCUAUAUGGUGUCAAACUGUAAUUGUUAUAUGGUUAAAUUAUUGGGCUGUCCUAAGAUUUUUGGAGAUCAAAUUUUGAUUUUUCCCAUGGAAACCAUGUUUAAAUAUACUUCAAUUACUAAGUUGAUCUUGGCUCUCACUCAGCCAGACAAAGCUGCAUUAUAUGACUUGAAUUUACCCUAGUUAUUUUUUGGUAUUUUUCCCCUUUUAGGAAAGACAAGUUGUAAAGUGAUUUAACAAAGUGAAUAUGGACCUUUCAAUUUGCAAUUUAACUUGCAGGUUGUUUAUAUUGAGUAUCAUAAUUUACAUCUGAGUAGUGUGAAACUUUCAAACAGACUACAGUUCUGUUUUAUUUAUAAAAGAAAAGGCUGGAAAUUGUGAAAAGAGAAAUGUUAAUUAUUAUUCUUUCAAAAGAUGCUGCCUGACCUGAGAGUUCCCAAGAUUUUCUGGUGUUUGCUUUUAGAUUUCCAGCAUCCAGUUUUUUUUAAACUUCAAUUUGGCUUUAACAAUUACAAUGGAAUGAAAUUCUUGUCUGAGUAAUUUUUUAAUUUACUGGAAGUAGUGGGAUCUUAAGUCUUGUAAUGAAGGGCACUGAGUGCUGCAAUUAUUACUGGUACUAUGUAGAUCUAACCUACAAAACUGCACAACAAAAUAUUUGGCUAAUAUGGAUGUGCCGAACCCUGCAAUUGGAAGAAAUGGUCUGAAAUAAUCUAAAACCUGUUUAAUUCUAUUCAUUUUUAGUUACUCCCAUGUAUUUCACAUUUAGAUAAAAAAUAAUCACCUGCUUGUAUGAAUAUUUGUAAGAAUGCAACCCAGAGUUCAGUAAGUGCAACAAAUGUUGGGUAUUCUUAAUUCCAAAGUAAUUUUGCAUUAGUCCAUAUCUACCCACUUUAUCACGGCCCCAUCUCCCAAAAAUCAUCAUUUUGCUGUUGCAAAAAGCCACUUUUUUGAAGCACUGGGAUAAUACAACUGAGUAAUCUCAUAAAGGAUUGCAUUAGCAGUUGUGCUUCAAUACUUUACGUCCCAUAGAAAAUGCUGCAGAGUUGAAUUUGGACAGUAUUGUCCUAAAUAACAGCUAUUGGGGUCUGAAUGUAAAUCAAAAUGCCUAGUAAGAAUGUCAGGUCUAUCUAUCUCAAAUAAAAUGUUCAAUCUGGAUUUGUACAAUUAUCCACUUGUUACUGUACCAGCAGGUCCUGUAGAUGGUACCUUCAUUGUGCUGAAUGUGAUUGAUGGUUUCAGUUAGUAAGUAAUAGUAAUUUACUCUUGAAUUCCAUUCCAGCCAAAUAUACAAGAUUCUUAAAUGGCAAAUACUCAUUCGGAUCAUGCUGUUUUAUCUGAAGGAUGACAUGCCACUUGUACAUAGACAGUCAGAAAAAUAUUUUUAAAAAAUCUUCCCAGUAAGCCCCAUGUCAAUCAAGUAAACCUGGAAUUGGGGUGUUGUAGACAUUGUAUUUCUAACUGAGGACUGAAUUGUAAGUGAGAGGGAAACAAGAAGUAAGCAUUUGGGAAGGAGGUAAACAUUUACAAAUCAGACUGAGGACACUGGUUCCCAGUUUUUAAAACACAAAGCCUUGAUAGACUAUACAAAGUAGCAUAAUUGUGCACUCUUAUUAGGUUUGUAAUGUUUUGUGUAAUCAAAUGUCCAGUUUUAAUUUGAAAUUUUAUUGGUUUAAAUCAGUCCUUCUAAGCAAAUCAAUUCCCUGUAGAGCUUUUCAAAAGCUGAAUGAUUGGGCCAGUGAAAAGACCAAUGAUGUCACCCUGAGGAAUUUAAAAGUCAUAUCAAUCCUUGUCUACAAGCAUGUAUAAUAGUUAUUUUUAGAAUAUGCUGCUUUUUUGCUAUUGAGUUCCUUUUCUCAUACCUUUAGCAAAAUGCAUCCUCCUCUCAAACCCUGCCCAGGUUUCCAAGUCAAUCCUGCUGCUGUUUCUGAGAACAGGGCUUGUCUUGAACAUUCCCAGCUCAGGGUAUCCUCAAUUGAUUUUUGGUUUGGUUAUGCCUAAUGUUCAUUGAAAAUAUAGGCAAAAUUAAAUAUCUGCAGCUUUCAAUUGACCAUGUGGCAUUUAUAAAUUAUGGGGAAAAAAAGCUAGUCCAUCAUAUAGCAUGCUCUUUUGAGUUUUAAUAUCCUGAUAGCUAAAGAUGGUUUUACUAUGACAUGUCAAAUUAAUGCUUCCCUGGUAGGCACUGUCAAACUUGGAUGAGAUACUUGUAUGUUGCAAAAAUUUGAGGGACUUCAUCUUUAGAUCUACUGAAAUGUCACAAAUGAUUUUUUAAUUGGAUAGUGCAGUUUGCAUUCUGAAAGGACACCACUUCCUCUUGGGAGAGGGGGGAAUUAUUAUUUUGCAUGGAUGUGAUUCACUGCUCAGUUGUGACUUUGUUUCAACCAAGCCUGUAUAUCUUGAACUCCAGACUUAAAGUUGAUCAAAUAACAUCUAACAAAAAAAUCUGUAAAUAUUUUCUGGGGCACUUAAUGAGAAUUGCUGUAGUGUCUCCAGACAGAGUUUCUAGUAAUAUUUAAUAAGAAUCACCCCCUUUAAGCUAGCAAAAUGCCAAUUUGGUAAUGUGUCCAUUUGCUUCUUGCAUGCUGUUGCACUGUGAAAAUGGUGCAAUCCUAUGCCAUUUUGUUAGUGAUGUGAACAACUGCUGGAUGCCUGUCACACAAUCUAAUUAGAAUUAUUUUGUGUUGAUUAGGAGGUUGUUGUCAGGCAAGAUGUCUAUCACUGUAUUUUGUCAUGAUUUACUGACUGUACACAAUGUAACAUUUGUGGGAUUUGGUUUUAACAGCUGACGGUACACUAUGUAACAUUUGUAGGAUUUGGUUGUAACAGCUGACAGUACAUAUAUAACAGUACACAAUGUAAUGUAGGAUUUGGCUGUAACAGCUGACAGUGUACACAAUGUUACUGACAGUGUACACAUAUAACAGUGUACACAAUGUAGCAUUUGCUUGUAACAGCUGACAGUAUACAUAUGUAACAGUGUACACAAUGUAACGUUUGUGGGAUUUGGUUGUAACAGCUGACAGUGUACACAAAGUAACAUUUGUGGGAUUUGGUGUUAACAGCUGCCGUUUCUUGACUGAAUUUAUUAUAGAUGUUUAUUUGCAGGAAGGCUGGGAAAGAUGUGCAAAUACUGUUUAAUUGCCUGUAAAACAUCUUUAUCUAAAAUAGAUGCUUUUGCUAAUGCUUUCCUUUUAAUUAUAUUUUAUCCUGCAACAUCAUCUGGAAUUGUUUUAAAGCAGCAUUUUCUUACAGCAUUCAGCAAAAGGAAAGUUCUGGCCUGAGAUUGCUGAAUAUGAUCUGUACAACUUCUGUUUAUAACUGGCAAAGUUAACUAUAUUUUGAGUAAAAUUUUAUAAGUUUAGUUUCAACAGUUUGGUCUUGUCUCUGUUGUCCUCUACCUGACUUGGGUAACAUACUGACAGUAAAUGGGGCUUUGUUUUGAUUGCAGGAUAUUUUUGUGAUGAAUAGGACAGAGAAAUAAAGGAAUGCAU